GGGAAUCUCCAUGUGUGGCCGUCAAUCAGGCAGCGCCUGCCCUCGGCUGCCCCGCCAGCGCGCAGCUCCCCCAGUCCUGCUCCAGUCCCCCUGCGAGACGGUCGAGGCUCCCAGCCGUUGGCCCGAUUGGGAAACACAGCGACGCUCGAGUCACUCAGGAAGCUCUCCUGACGGGAGGCUCCUCGGAUGCUGGAAUAUCGACUUUGUGUCUGUUUUUUCUCACCAAGAAAUUAGUGCAGGAGGCACAAGAGUGGGCUUUUUCUGGAGUUGGAAUAUUUGGGAAGUGACUGUGGGAGAACUUAUCGUGGAUUUCUGAGUUCCCCUUUUCCUUGCCCCUCCUCCAGACCAUCCCCUUUCUGGACGUGUGGCGGCCUGUGGCUCUGAAGCUCCUCACGGUGACUCUUGUCUUUAUCCUGGGAGAGCUCUGGGAGGUUUGCUGGCUGUGAGCCUGUGGAGGUGGGACCAUUUUCUCUCUCUUCCUCUCUUUUCAUCUCCCAGCAAUGGCCUCCUACAAGACUUGGCUGCUGGGGCUGCUGCUGGCUCUGUUGUGCUCCGUCCACACACCCACGGGUCCAGGAGUGAAAGCACAACGGCAGGGUGAAGACAAUGAAAGCAACGGCGAUGAGCAUCACGUAGACGACGACGAUGACGACCAUGAUGACGACAGUAAAGAGAACGACGACGACGAUGACGACCAUGAUGACGACAGUAAAGAGAACGACGACGACAAAGACGACGACGAUGACGACGACGACAAAGACGAUGACGAUGACGACGACGACGACGAUGACGAUGACGAUGACGAUGACGAUGACGACGAUGACGACGACGACGACGAUGACGACGACGAUGACGACGACGACGAUGAUGAUGACAAAGAUGAUGAUGACGACGACGACGAUGACGACGAUGACGAUGAUGAUGACAAAGAUGAUGAUGACGAUGACGACGAUGAUGAUGAUGACAAAGAUGAUGAUGACGAUGAUGACGACGAUGAUGAUGACAAAGAUGACGAUGACGACGAUGAUGAUGAUGACGAUGAUGCCAAACAUGAAGACGACGACGAUGAUGACGACGAUGAUGAUGAUAACGACGAUGAUGACGACGAUGAUGAUGAUGACGACGACGAUGAUGACGAUGAUGUCAAACAUGAAGAUGACGACGACGAUGAUGACGACGACGACGAUGAUGAUGGCAAACAUGAUGAUGACGAUGAUGAUGAAGACGACGACAAUGAUGAUGAGGACGAUGAUGACGAGGACGACGAUGAUGACGAUGACGACGAUGAUGACAGUAAAGAGGACCACCACCAUGAUGAUGAUGAUGAUGAUGAUGACGAUGAAGAAGAUGAUGAUGACGACGAUGACGAUGACGAAGACGAAGACGAAGAGGAGGAAGAAUACCAGGAAGGUUCACUCUGUAGUUACUGCUCUUUCUGUGAGACCUACACCCCUAGAUCUCUUAUUAUAACCAACUAUUUAGAACAAGAAGUCAUGAGCGUAUUUAUUAAACCCUCCCCCCCGUCUCACUCUGCCUCUCUUUCCCAGGUGUGUAAUUUCUGCAAUGUCUGUCCAGUAUGUGACACUGUCUGCAAGCCAGGUGGAUACGUCGAUGAGCUCACUGGGACCCUCUAUCAGACGGUAGCGAAUGUCUUUGAUGAGCCUGGAAACUGAGACUGCCACUGUGUGGCCGGAGGAGGCACUGCAGGAGGGGUGUUUGGGGCAGGUGGGGGGGAGGGGGGUCAAUCGGAGUGAAAGAAAUAAAAGAGAGAAACAAGAUCUUAUUCCUGAAUGAAUGAGUCAUGAAUGAGAAGGGAAGGGAAAGCAGAACUCGUUCACAUGAAAUCCAGGCCGAAUCCCCUAUAGAAGAGCUGCUGCUUCAUGAGGUCCCACGGAAAAUAGACACUCUCCGUGUCACACGGAAGACAUAUUCCACUGAAGGAAAGACAGGAGGAACUGUUUCUACAGAUCUCAAUAAGAAAAUAAAAAUACGACUAUGAGUUCA